AUGACUAAGGAGUUACGAGUCGGUGAUUGGAUUGCAAGUUUUAUCGGCGGUAACGGAGUCAUCUUUUCCGGCAACCAAAGGCAAUCAAAGUUUACGAACCGACAGGAGGCUAUUCGUAUCAAGGCGAUAUUCAAGGUUCAUGGAAUACUGGAAGCUUUAGAAUCGGGCAAAAAGGAGGCAAUACCCAAAGAGCUCGUGUUUCAAGUAGCUCAGUUUCAGACUGCAAAGAAAAUCUGGGAAGCGUUGAAGACACGGUAUGUUGGGGUUGAACGAGUUCGAGAGGCAAAGAUUGAACAACUGGAGAUAGAGUUUGGAUCUUUAAGGAUGAAAGAAACAAAGUCGAUUGAUUCUUUCGUGGGCAGAAUAAGUCAGUUGGUGACCAAAGCAGCCAGUUUGGGAACCAUCUACGAAGACAAGAAGCUUACCAGAAAAUUGUUAGGCUCAGUUCCAUGGAAUUAUGUUCUAAUUGUAGCUUCAAUUGAACAAUUCGCAGAUUUGAAGACCAUGACGUUUCAGGAUGCAAUCAGUAGAUUGAAGACGUUCGAAGACAGGAUUAAGGAUAUCGAGUGUUUAGUAGAAAAUCAAGAGUGUCCGGAUCGUAUGAAGAAACAAGAUGAAGCUAACUUAGCUAAAACCGAUGAUUUUGAUCCAUCAUUGUUUAUGAUGAGAUGUGAUCAAGAUACGGUUUUUCUAAAUGAAGAAUGGGUGAUUCCAAACCGUUUUGAGACCGAUCCAAUGGAGAAAGACAUUUGGUAUCUCAACAAUGGAGCAUCGAAUCACAUGACGGGUAAUCGAGCUUAUUUCUUUGAACUGAAUAAAGGUGUCAUGGGAAAGAUGAAAUUUGGAGACGGAUCUUGUAUUGAUAUACGGGGAAAGAGAUCGGUAUUACUUGAAGGGAAGACGAGAUAG